AUGGCCCAAGAAUAUAAGCUCAAGGGCAUAACCUCCUUCGGAGACCUGAAACAUACCACUGAUAAACUCGAAGCCGAAGUGGAAGGCAUUCCUGAUGGAAAAGUACUACUUGUGAAUUUGGAUGGCAAGAUCCAUGGCCUGAGUCCGCGCUGUACCCAUUAUGGGGCUCCUUUAAAGAACGGGGUCGUGUCACCUGAUGGGCGGAUUACUUGUCCCUGGCAUGGAGCUUGCUUUAAUGUCGGCACCGGAGAUGUCGAGGAUGCACCCGCCUUGAACGCCUUGCACAAAUUCGAAGUUUUUGAAAAAGAAAGCGCAGUCUACAUCCGUGCUACAGAAGCCGAUAUUAAAGCUGGACAAAGAAAUCCAGUAGGCCAGUGCGGAGUCUCCAAAUCAGACGAGAAAGUUGUUAUUAUUGGAGGUGGAAGCGGAACAAUUGGCGUAGUCCAAGCGCUGCGCGAGCUCAAAUACCCAGGCCACAUCACUAUCAUCUCAACAGAACCAGAAUAUGUGAUUGAUCGUACUAAGCUCUCCAAGGCCCUCAUUGCAGACGCAUCCAAGAUCCUCUGGCGUCCAGCCGAGUGGUAUGCCGAGGCAGGAAUCGAGACUCUUGUCGACGAAGUCAAAGCUGUAGACUUUUCCUCGAAGCGUCUCUCAACAGCUUCUGGAAAGACCAUAGCGUAUACAAAACUCGUCCUGGCCACAGGAGGAACGCCGCGCUCGCUUCCACUUCCGGGUUUUAAAGACAAUGAACUGCGGAACAUCUUCCCACUGCGUACCGUCGCCGACGUCCAGGCUAUUCUCGAAGCGACGGGCGACGAAAAGAAACAGAUUGUGGUAAUCGGCUCCUCAUUUAUUGGCAUGGAAGUUGGAAAUGCACUCGCCGGCAAAGAACAUAAGGUCACAAUUGUGGGUAUGGAGAGUGCUCCAAUGGAGCGCGUGAUGGGCGCCAAGGUCGGCCAGAUAUUCCAGCAGAACCUCGAGAAGAGCGGAAUCACAUUCAAGCUCUCGGCCGGCGUUGAAAAAGCCACUGCGUCCGAAUCAAAGCCCAAUGCCGUCGGUUCAGUCCAUCUAAAAGACGGAACCGUCCUCCAGGCCGAUCUGGUCAUUCUAGGCGUGGGCGUGCGUCCUGCAACGGACUACCUCCAAGACAACAUUGCCAUCUCACUCCAGAAAGAUGGAUCCAUCGCUGUAGACUCCAACUUUGUCGUUCCAGGCCCCAAUGACAAUGUCUUUGCUAUUGGUGAUAUCGCCUCUUACCCGUACCAUGGCCCAGGGGGGGAAGGAAGCCCCGUCCGUAUCGAACAUUGGAAUGUAGCGCAAAACGCCGGACGGGCUGUCGCGCGCGCCAUUGUCCAUGCGAGACAUUCCCCUUUAUCUUCUCUUCCGCCUAAGCCAUUUAUCCCGAUUUUCUGGUCCGCGCUUGGUGCUCAGCUGCGGUACUGUGGCAAUACCGUCAAUGGAUAUGAUGAUGUGGUUUUGAAGGGCGAACCUGAGAAUGGGAAGUUUGUUGCCUAUUACACCAAGGGGGAUGUUGUUGUUGCUGUCGCGACUAUGGGAGUAGAUCCUGUAAUGGUCAAGUCCGCAGAUUUGAUGAGGAGAGGCAAGAUGCCUGGGAAGAAGCAGAUUGCCGGCGGACUGGAUGUGCUGCAGGUCAAUUAA